UCCGGAUUUUUGAAAGGGACGGACCCGAAGUGUGUAACAGUGUUUACACUCCGUCACGAAAUCGAAACAUUUGUACAUUUAUCUGUCAAACAGUUGUCUUUUAUUUAGCUAGCUAGCUAAUGCCCUUUAGUACUUGUAUCAAUGGAAGACAUGGAGCAUAAUAAGGCACCCUCUGUCAUCGAUCGGUAUUACACUCGAUGGUAUAAAACAGAUAUCAAGGGCAAGGAUUAUGAAGACCAGUGCGUUCUUCAGCAUUCAAACAGAAUCUGUGUCAUCACCCUGGCAGAGAGUCACCCUAUCCUUCAGAACGGGAGGUCAAUCAAGAGCAUCAACUAUCAGAUCAGCGCUGGCUGCAGUCGCCUGCAUAACAAAGUGUCUGGAAAGUCAAAGAGAGGAGGACAGUUCCUCACAGAGUUCGCUCCUUUGUGUAGAAUAACAUGUACAGAUGGUGUGGAGUACACCAUUUACAGCUGCAUAAGGGGUCGGCUAUUGGAGGUCAAUGAGGAUAUUCUUGAAAGACCAGAACUUUUACUGGGAAAGCCUUCCACUGAGGGAUACAUUGCGGUCAUCCUCCCUAAAAUAGAGGAGAGCAAGACGGUCACUAAUGGUCUCCUUAGCAGAGAGGAGUACGAGAGCGUUGUCUCUAAACGGACCAAAAGCACCCAGCCAGAGCCACAGCCGGAGCCACAGCCACAGCCAGAGCCAGAGCCAUGCUGAGGAAUGAGGUCACAGGGACUCCUCACACUCUCCUCAGCCCAGCUGGAGUGACCUUUCCUGUGGCAGCUCUGUUGGAGGGGGUCCCUCGUCUCAGGCCCAGCCAGACCUAGGUACUUACAUCACAGCAUAGUGCAUGCCCCUGUCCAGAUAUGGACUUAUGCCUGUGGUGGAUGACGGUGCAGAUAUCUGGGGUGCUGGAGGUAAUGCACUGUGCCUUUAAGUUCUCUAGCCUCUACCUUACCUGUAGGCAGUCCAGGGCAAAUACUGUUUUGUUUGCUUUGAUGUAACAUGAAGAAAUUCACAGCCAGUUAAGUUUUAUGAGAUACCUUUUUUAAAAUGUUUUGCUCUUUACUAAGAUCGUUGAUAAGGAACGUGACAUUUAUUUUCAAAGGAGGAAGUCUAAGAUAUUUCUAUUAUGUCAGUUAUUAAGUGACUAUGUACCAAACAAGCCCAUGUUUUUGUUCUGUUAGAAAAAUAUGUAUUUUUUGUUUACUGUACAUACCUUAAUAAAUGACACAAUCAAACCAG